UGCGCUGGAUCGGACUGUGCGGGACCAGCGGAGGAACACCCGCCGAGACCAGGACCCCUGGGCCGCGGAGAGCCGAGCUCCACCGAACGAAGUGACCGAAACUCCGCCGGACACCUGCUGCCCCUCCCGUCCCUCCCGUCCCUCCCCGGGACAUGCGGACUGAAAGACUUCACCUGGUUUAGAGGAGGAAACUUGUGGGUUCGAAUGGGAACAAAAGCACCGUCGUAGUUUGUUCGUUCGGGAGGGAAAACGAGCUGGAAAAUGUCUGUGUACGAGCUGUACACGAAGUUCACUCGGGUCUGGAUCCCGGAUCCUGAGGAUGUGUGGAAGGCUGCGGAGAUCAUCAGAGAUUUCAAAGAAGGAGAGUCGCUUCUUCACCUCAAACUGGAGGAUGAGACGCCUCUGGAGUAUCCCGUCGGUCCGAAGAGUAACCCUCUUCCCUUCCUCCGUAACCCCGACAUCCUGGUGGGGGAGAAUGACCUCACUGCUCUCAGUUACCUGCACGAACCUGCAGUCCUGCACAACCUCAAAGUCCGCUUCCUGGAGUCCAACAACAUCUACACAUACUGCGGGAUCGUACUGGUGGCCAUCAACCCGUACGAGCAGCUGCAGAUUUACGGAGAGGAGGUCAUCAACGCCUACAGCGGGCAGAACAUGGGCGACAUGGACCCUCAUAUAUUUGCUGUCGCUGAAGAAGCUUACAAGCAGAUGGCCAGAGAUGAGAGGAAUCAGUCCAUCAUCGUGAGCGGAGAAUCGGGAGCAGGAAAGACGGUUUCUGCAAAGUACGCCAUGCGUUUCUUUGCCACGGUGGGAGGUUCAUCUACCGAGACUAAUGUGGAGGAGAAAGUCCUGGCCUCCAGUCCCAUCAUGGAGGCUAUAGGAAACGCAAAAACCACACGAAAUGACAACAGCAGUCGCUUUGGAAAGUACAUUCAGAUCGGUUUCAGCCGCCACUACCACAUCAUCGGAGCCAACAUGCGGACGUACCUGCUGGAGAAGUCCCGGGUUGUUUUUCAGGCUGAAGAUGAGAGAAAUUAUCACAUCUUCUAUCAGCUCUGUGCCUCUGCCAGUUUACCAGAGCUCAGGGACCUCAGCCUCACCAGUGCAGAAGACUUCACCUACACAUCUUUAGGGGAGAACAUCUUCAUCGAGGGCGUGAACGAUGCUGAGGACUUCAAAAAGACCAGAGAGGCCUUCACACUGCUGGGAAUAAAGGACAGCAGCCAGAGCAACAUUUUCAAAAUAAUGGCCUCCAUUCUUCAUCUGGGGAACGUAGCGAUCUGCCCAGAGAGAGACGGAGAGUCCUGUCACAUCUCAAGGGACGACCUCCACCUGAAGCACUUCUGCAGACUGCUGGGCCUGGAGCUGCAGCAGAUGGAGCACUGGCUCUGUCACAGGAAGUUGGUCACUGCCUCAGAGACGUAUGUGAAGACUAUGUCCAGCAAACAGGCGGCCAACGCCCGGGACGCUCUCGCCAAACACAUCUACGCACGCAUGUUUGACUGGAUCGUGGAGCACAUUAACAUGGCCCUGCAGACGUCCUCCAAACAGCACUCCUUCAUCGGGGUCCUGGACAUCUACGGGUUUGAGACGUUCGAGGUGAACAGUUUUGAGCAGUUCUGCAUCAACUACGCCAACGAGAAACUUCAGCAGCAGUUCAACUCGCAUGUGUUUAAGUUGGAGCAGGAGGAGUACAUGAAGGAGCAGAUCCCCUGGACUCUGAUAGACUUCUAUGACAAUCAGCCCUGUAUCGACCUGAUCGAGGCUCGACUCGGCGUCCUGGACCUGCUGGAUGAAGAGUGUAAAGUGCCGAAGGGAACGGAUCAGAACUGGGCCCAGAAGCUCUACAAACAGCACUCCAGCAGCGCUCACUUCCAGAAACCUCGGAUGUCCAACACCUCCUUCAUCAUCAUACACUUCGCUGAUAAGUUUCAGCUCGUAGCAGAUCUGUUUCACGAGAAAGACGACGCGCCCCCCUCGAAGACAUCCAGAGUGAACGUCCGAGCAGCAAAGUCGACUCCCAAAGCUCCCAACAAAGAGCACAGGAAGACUGUGGGGCACCAGUUCCGCAGUUCCCUCCAUCUUCUCAUGGAGACUCUGAACGCCACAACUCCUCACUACGUUCGCUGCAUCAAACCCAACGACUACAAGGAGGCCUUCUCGUUCGACUCGAGGCGAGCCGUGCAGCAGCUCAGAGCCUGCGGGGUUCUGGAGACGAUCCGGAUCAGUGCAGCCGGAUACCCAUCCAGGUGGACGUACCCAGACUUCUUCAGCAGGUAUCGAGUAUUGAUGCAGAAAUCCGACAUGAUGUCGGCAGACAAGAAGCUGGUGUGUAAGAACCUGCUGGAGAUUCUGAUUAAGGAGCCGGACAUGUUCCAGUUUGGUCGGACUAAGAUCUUCUUCCGAGCGGGGCAGGUAGCGUACCUGGAGAAGCUGCGGGCUGAUAAGUUCCGCGCGGCCUGCAUCAAGAUCCAGAAGACGGUGCGAGGCUGGCUGCAGAGAGUUCGGUACCGCAAGAUCCGCAAGUCUGCCGUCACCCUGCAGAGAUAUGGCCGAGGAUACCUGGCCCGCAGAUACGCCGAGUACCUGCGUCUGACUCGAGCGGCGCUCCUCUGUCAGAAACAGUAUCGUAUGGUGAGAGUGAGACGGGCCUAUCUGAGAGUGAGACAGGCUGUCGUCACCAUCCAGGCCUACACCAGGGGGAUGUUCACCCGCAGGAUUUACUGGGAGUUCCUCCUGCACCACAAGGCCAUGAUCAUCCAGAAGAGCGUCCGCAGCUGGCUGCAGAGGAAGAAGUUCAGACGGGCGCGUAACGCCGCCGUCGUCAUCCAGUGUGCGUACAGACGCAUGCGCGCUAAACGACAACUCAAGCAGCUGAAGAUCGAAGCGCGGUCCGCCGAACAUCUGAAGAAACUCAACACGGGCAUGGAGAACAAGAUCGUCCAGCUGCAGAGGAAGAUGGACGAUCAGUCCAAAGAGUACAAAGCUCACAAUGAGCAGCUGCUGAUGGCGAAUUCCAGUCUCGGCUCAGAGGUGAACAAACUGCAGAAGGAGCUGGAGCAGAUCCGGGGUCAGCAGGGAGAGGGAGGUCAGCUGACGUCACUGCAGGACGAGCUGGAGAGGCUGAGGGAGGAGCUGCAGGAGGCGUACGCAGAGAGGAAGAGGCUGGAGGAGGAGCACAGCACCGAGAAACUGGGCCUCAAACAGAGGGUGAAGGAGCUGGAGAGAGAAAACUCUCUGCUGAAGAGUGAGAAGGAAGAAAUGAACCAAAGGAUUCUUCAGCAAUCAAAGAGCGCCGCAGAGGACAGCAGUGUGUCCCAGAGGGAAGGGACUCUGCAGACCGAGCUGGACGGAGAGAGGCAGCGAUACCAGAAUCUGCUCAGAGAGUUCUCCAGACUGGAGCAGCGAUGCGACAACCUGAAGGAGGAGCUGUCUCUGACCAAGUUCCACCCCGGCCACCGCAGGAACCCGUCCAAUCAGAGCAGCCUGGAGUCGGACUCCAACUACCCGUCCGUCUCCACCUCAGAGGUCGGAGACACCGAGGACUCCGUUCAGCUGGUGGAGGAGAUGGGGGUGGAGAGGGCUGCGAUGGACAUCAGUCUGUUCAUGAAGCUGCAGAAACGGGUCAGAGAGCUGGAGCAGGAGCGGAAGAGACUGCAGAUCAGCGUGGACAAGAUGGAGGAGCUCGCCAGGCGCAGGGGCGCGGAGGCGAAGAGUCCCACCUCUGAGCAGGAAACUGCAGAUCUGGCCUACAACAGCCUCAAGAGACAGGAGCUGGAAUCAGAGAACAAGAAACUGAAGAAUGACCUGAACGAGCUGAGGAAGACCAUCGCUGAGCGCGCGUCUCAAAACAGCUCGUCCAAUGAGCUGCAGGACAGCUACAACCUGCUGAUCAGUCAGCUGAAAGCAGCCAAUGAGGAGCUGGACGCCCGCAAGGAGGAGGUCCUGAUCCUCAGGACCCAGAUAGUCAGCACCGCCCAGCUACAGGAGAAGAACGAACACAUACAGGAGAGCAAGAAAAUUCCUGAGCUGAACAACAGCAAAGAACCGGUGGACAAAGAGGAGGCUCUCGAAGCCUAUCACGGCCUGUGUGAGUCCAAAAGGCUGCUAGAGGCCCAGCUGCAGUCUCAGUCCAGGCAGCACAAAGAUGAACUGGAAGCUCUUAACACUCAGAUCGAGCUGCUGAAGGCUGACAUCGAGAAGAAGCAGGAGAUACUCAACCACACCAUGUCUCUGUCUCCUGAGGCUCAGGUGGAGUACAGCGUCCAGCAGGAGAUCACACGGCUCACCAACGACAACCUGGACCUCAAGGAGCUGGUGGAGAAACUGGAGAAGAAUGAGAGGAAGCUGAAGAAGCAGCUCAGGAUCUACAUGAAGAAAGUCCAGGAGUUAGAAGCCUCUCAGGCUGCAGGUCUGACCAGCAGGUCCAAACCCGAACUGAGUCGCCAGGUGACCGUCCAGAGGAAAGAGAAAGACUUUGAGGGGAUGUUGGAAUACUACAAGGACGAUGAAGCCCUGCUGGUCAAGACUCUGAUCACUGACUUCAAGCCCAACACGGUGACGGCCACUGUCCCCUGCCUGCCAGCAUAUAUUCUCUUCAUGUGCAUCCGCCACGCCGACUACAUCAACGACGACCAGAAGGUGGAGUCUCUGCUCACCUCCACCAUCAACGGCAUCAAGAAGGUGCUCAAGAAGAACAACGAUGACUUCGAGGUGACGUCCUUCUGGCUGGCCAACUCCAGCCGCCUGCUUCACUGUCUGAAGCAGUACAGCGGAGACGAGGUGUUUAUGACUCAGAACACAGCCAAACAGAACGAACACUGUCUGAAGAACUUCGACCUGGCAGAGUACAGACAGGUGCUGAGUGACCUCUCCAUCCAGAUCUACCAGCAGCUCAUUAAAGUGGCAGAAGGCAUCAUACAGCCCAUGAUCGUGUCAGCCAUGUUGGAGAGCGAGAGCAUCCCCAGCCUGGCGGGCGUGAAGCCGAUGGGCUACAGGAACCGUUCGUCCAGCAUGGACACCGACGGCGGCGGCCCCAGCAGCUACACUCUGGAGGCCCUGAUCAGACAGCUGGGACAGUUUCACGGCAUCAUGAGGGACCAAGGUCUGGACCCUGAGAUCGUGGGUCAGGUGGUCCGACAGCUCUUCCACUGCGUCAACGCCGUCACCCUCAACAACCUGCUGCUGCGCAAAGACGUCUGCUCCUGGAGCAACGGCAUGCAGCUCAGGUACAACACCAGUCAGAUGGAGGAGUGGCUGAGAGGAAACAACUUGUAUCAGAGUAAAGCUGCCGCCACCCUGGAGCCGAUCAUUCAGGCCGCCCAGCUGCUGCAGGUCAAGAAGAAGACGUCUCAGGACGCCGAGGCCAUCUGCUCGCUCUGCACCGCCCUCAACACGCAACAGAUUGUGAAAAUCCUGAACCUCUACACGCCGCUGAACGAGUUUGAGGAGAGAGUCACCGUGUCCUUCAUCAGAAACAUUCAGAAUCGUCUUCAGGAGAGAAACGAUCCUCCUCAGCUUCUGGUGGACACCAAGCACACCUUCCCCGUCCUCUUCCCGUACACCCCCUCCGCCCUCAGCCUGGAGACGCUGCACAUCCCCGCCUCCCUCGGCCUGGACUUCCUCAUCAGAGUCUGACGUCUCUAAAAGACCCGUAACGGACCUGCUCUGACGCCCAACGCCGAGUAAACUGGCUACGGACAGACAGACUCAUUUCUCACCGUCCUGCUCUCAAGUACGUUUGUCCGCUCGCGACUAUUUCGAGUUCAUUUCGCUUUUGUCAGCAUCUGCGGCCGCGCUGUCGUCCCGAGCGGACCGACUGCAACACCCGUUGACCGUGUGUUGAGGAUCAGAUCCACCACGAGGGCUCGUCUGUCCUCAGAGUCCAGCUUCACGGGGCCACUAUUCUUCUUCUGCCGUCGCACGCCGUACGAGAUGGAGGGGCAGGUUCUGAUGUGAGAGACGGAAGCCGACAGGAGGAACAGCAAAGUGUCCGAGAGGAUGAAGAAGGUCAGGGAGAAAUUAGACUCCGCGGUUGUGACAAAUACGUGUUUCAGGAGCCGCGAAUCCAACCCAGGUUCCCGUUCUAUGUAGGAAUCUGAAUAAACGAUGAUCUCAGCUGUGCUCUUCCAACCCACGAACAAACGUCACCCUGCCUGAACAAAUGUCAGUAAAUCGCCCAGUCGGUAACAUUUGCCUUGAGAUAAUUCCUGCGUGAAUAAUUCUUGUUGUUGUAUUUGUUCACUGAUGCAGGAAUCACCUGACACGCCUGUCGAUUCGCAUGUUGUGUUUAGGUGUCGGUGGGGAAAGAAAGACGUCUGGCGCUUCAGUGCGUCCGUGUCGACCUUCCACGUAGGACCGAGUCUUUCUUCCUCUCCUGACUUUAUAUUGGAUACGUUGACAGAGAAGAUAGUAGUUUCGUUGGGGCUUCAUAUUCGGCUAAUCCACCUUCAGUGACUUCACGGUCUCUGUCCCGACGAAACUUUUUGUUUGACACCGUACAAGCACUGUUUUGCAUUUGAACCCAUAUUAUAGGUGCGCAGCUUUAAAUAAGUGACGGAGUUUUGUGUCGGCGACGGAACCUAAGCUCCUCCCGGUAGACGAGGAGCGACAGGCCGGCUACAGCUCGUUGCGCGACGAGGCCUGAUGGUCAGAGGCCGGAGGCACUAAAAUCCCUCUGCUGACCACGUCUCACAGAGAUUUACGUACAACGCAGAUAUUUAUUCAAGUCGGGGGCUUUUGAUUCUGGGUAGAAAAACGCAUCGGUGAUCACCAUAACAUGACGACAAGUUGUCGUGCACAUUUCUGAAUGUUAGUUUUUAUCAGUGGCUCAUGAAACACGUCUGUCACAACUUCAGAGACUAACCUCUGUCCACAGGGAAGACGUUUGGACGAAGGUCUGGGAACUAGAGGAGGGGUCCAGUUCUUUGUGACGGGUGUAACAGCACGUUAUUAAUUAAGGACCAGGUUGGAGAAUGUUUCUGGGUUUCUGCUGCCUUCCUCCCGUACAGUUUUAAAACACGAAUCAGAAGUAAUCAAUCCUUUUCGCUUUUUGAUUUUCCUUUUGCCUUUUUCGGUUCAGAGUGAUCAGAUCUGUAUUUGUAAUCACCCGGAUGCGUACAGAGCAUUUUUGCUUUGUCCAGCGGGGAGUUGUGUUCGUACACAGAUAGAGAUCCGCAGUCUUGUGCUUUCGUUUCGGUUGAACGUUCUUAUCUGUGUUAUACUUCUGUGGAAAAUCCCUUUACGCUGCCUUUUCUAUUCUUCCAGCUCAUUUAGAGAAUUGUUUUUUCUGUGUGAUAUGUACAAUCGUGUGGUGACACUAAUUAAUGACUAAAAUACCGAAUACACUCAUCUAACAUUCAGACCUGUGUACUCUGCUGCUCCCUGCUGUCAGACAACAGACUAGAGUUUGCUGCCAUUAAUUGGCACAUCACUACAUCCGUCUGGAUUCAACUGGCCGCGUUCCUGAUGGGACUUCCUGCUGUGCCAUUAUGGGACGAUCAUUUGCAUCGUAGAGGAAACUAAUUAGAACACAUACAAACUGUUGCCAUACAUCUUUUUAUGAAGUGUAACUAAUACAGAUGCAGUAGAAGUACUUGAGAUUGAUAUUUGAAGAGCUUCAUUACAAAGUGUUGUAUCUUUUUUUGUGAAAAAUAUUAAAAAUGGGAGUUUAAUAAUCGGAGCGGUCAUGACACAACUAACUGCUGAAAUAUAUUUUUUCACAAGAUCAAAAUCCCUGCUCGCUUUAGGGGCUGUCUACAUCUGAAUGGACUUGAACUCCAGGAAAACUGUGUAAUGUAGUUUCUUCAGAUAAUGAAACACUCAUGUAAAUGUUUGAAUCUCAAUGAAUGAAGCACAAAGUAAUUUACUGUACUUCAAUUUUGGAAAUGAAGUAACUAUGACUCAAAUAUAAAUGUUUUGUUGUUGAUGAUUUGUUGGUUUGAUGUUCUACAUC